GUCAUCGCGGUGAAUUCAUCAAUGACGGAGUUCUCUGUUUAUCAUGGAGAUCAGAAAGGUCUUCAGUUGCCGUCCAAUCAUAGGUAUGACCAGUUCCUUAGUGUAUGGAAAUCAAUAAUUUCUCGCGUUGAAAUUCAACUUAGAUUUCUCACUUCAAGCGUAUUCACUGAGGUGUUCAAUUUCAUUGAAAAUUCACAUAUUGCCUGGCUAUCAUUGCACAAUUCGGAGACAAAUAACGUCGUCAAUUUAGAACAAAUUCCAACAGCUCUACUGUUAGCUGGUGUUAAUACUCCCGAUCAUUCUGUUAUCUAUGGCCACCUCAAAAAUUUAAUUUUGGAAUCUGGUGGCCAUGUGGCUGUUAUCAGUCCUGGUGCCAAUACAACAAGUGUCCGUAGUCUUGUUUCUCUUGUAGUGCAGCAACUAUCGGAUGAUUCUUAUCACCAAAGUAAACGGCUUAGAAAUGAUGAAGAUUCUGAUGAAAACUCGCGUGUCACCCUUCAAGAUUGUAAGGAACCAAAGUAUACUUCAGUGAAAAAUUUCACUUCGGCUACACGUUCCUCGUAUUUGGCUUUGGUAGAAUGGUACUACUCUGGAACGAAACAUUACUGUGGCACCAGCGUACCUGAAUGUAAUCCAGAAUUUAAAACACCAGCACCACCAACUACACCUCGUUCCCGUUCUCAGCGUAGUACCAGUCAACCAAGAUCUCAAAAAUCACAUCAACUUUGUCCUAUGUCAGCUGCCUCGCCUAGAUUGAGCACACCAACUAGAAGAAAUCAGAGAUUUAGCCUACAUUCUAAUGAAGUUAGUAACACUUUAAAAAGCGAACUAGCUGACAGUAUAUCAUCAUCUCCAGGACCAGGAAUGCUUUCUGAGUUAAAACAAAAUUCGUCGUUACUUAGACCUCUAGUCAUUAUUCUUACAGAGAUCGAAUCCAUCCCUGUUCAGGUUUUAUGUGAUUUCAUCGAGCUGACUUCUCUUUAUGUGGCCGGUCAGAUUAGAGGUCGUUCUUGUUCAUUACCAAUAACUUUUGUUUUCGGUUUGUCUACAAUUCCUGAGAUUGGAUUUGAACCACGUUUUAGUGCAUCCAUACUAAGCCGAUUAACGAUUCGACGUUUUUCUGUUCCUUCACCGUCAGCUUUCUUAAAUGUUGUGUUAAAGGAAAUUAUACAAUUUCCUGGAUUACAUCCAACUUAUUCUGUAUUAAAUUAUUUAAUGGAUGGAUUAUUUCUUUGUUUAGAUUAUUCAGUGAAAAAUUUCUUACAACGUUUAAAAUUUUGCAUGUUAGAACAUUAUUUGAAAACACCACAUCCUGAAUUGUUACAAUCACCGGAGUUGGCGUACAAAUAUCUGACAUCAAUAAAUUCUAGAGAUUUAGCUAAAAUUAUCACAUUGGAUUAUCCUUCAUUAGCAAAUUGUGUUGUGGAUAAUACAACAACUUCAACUCCUACUGUCAGUCAUCCUACACUUCCUAUUGUUAAUAACUCAUCUCCACAAACUGCACAACAAACAGCGCAUAGACUUGUCAACAAGAUUGUAGAACAUUUAGAAAACCAUUUAAAAUUACAAUAUUUAAUUCCAUAUGUAUUGAAUUGGUUGUUGAUUAUUAUAACACCAGUAUCGGCUCGACCUUUGGGUAAAAAUAUUGGAGAUUUAUAUCGUUUAUGGUUGAAAAAUGGUUUAAUCAAUGCAGAGGAAUUCAACUUGACAAUAAAUCUUCUAGGUGGAGUACCCAAAGAACAUUUAUUGAAUUCUGUACAAGAUGCUUAUGAUUAUCUACUGAAAGAAUCUACUUAUUUAAUUCAGUCGCAAAAUCCAACUUCACUUUGGUGGUCGUCGUCUACCUUAUCAGAAGGUAGAAAAUGUUUGAAUAAUUUAGCUGACUCAACCCUGUCUUGGCAUACAAAACUAUCCAUGGCUUGUCAAGAAGCAUCGAUGAAUAAACAACUGUCACAGUGCCAUCAAGAACAGUCUACCGAUAAUGACACGUUGACAAUAACAGCUGCGACUUCUGUCAGUAAUCAGGAUAAUGCACCAGUUAAACCCGUUGAAUUUAAUACAAAAAGAAAGAUAAGUUUACGUAAUUUACGUCAGCAUCUUCAAGAAUAUGCAACAUCUUCACCGAAUCGUCCUUUAUCUGCCAUCACUUCAACUAUUCACAAAACUCAAUGGGAUAUAACACGUAAAGAAUUUUUAAAUUGGAUACAAUUAAAAUUAAAUGAAUUAAUUCCAUCCUUUAAUCAAUUACCAUUGCAUGAAGUUUUCUAUGGUCCAUCCAUUAUUGAAAAUAACAUUCAUUCACUAUCAUUCACUGAUGAUGAUUCAUCAAUUCAUUCACAAUUAGCGUUAUCUAUUCGUCGUCGAUUAAAUCCACCAUUUCAACGUUGUUUACAUCUAGCACUUGUAGAUCCCGGUGUAUAUUUACAGAUUGCUGAUUUGAAACUACCUAAUUCAAGUAGUAUUUCGUCGAAAUUAUUUGAUUUAUGCAUUUUGUAUAAAUUACUAAUUGAAACAAAUAAAAUGGUGAAUUUGUACGAUUGGCUUAUGGCAUUUGCAACUAUACUGGGAGAGGCGGUCGACUCACAAAAUCCUCCAUCUCAAGAGACUCAAUGUCGUUUCUUGCAAGGAUUAGCAGAAUUACAAUAUUUAGGCUGUAUAAAAUCAACUCGUCGAAAAGUGGAUCAUGUUAUACGUUUGACAUGGAUCUCAGGUCUUGUGUAAUCUCAUAACAUUCAAUUCUUUUUACCCAAUUUAUUGAAAUUUUUUUACUAUCAAUUAAAAACAUGAUUAUUUAUUGCAUAUCUAACUGGGGUUUUUUGUUUCUAUCUUUCAAAAGGUCUCAUUUGUUUUUGAAAAUGUAUUUAGGUAUUUUUCUCAUAUUCAUAUCACACACACACACACUCACAAAUAUGUAAUUGAGAUUUUAUUGAAUGUAUGUAAACAUUUUAUAUUUAUAGAAUUUAUACAUAGU